GACUACUUCCUGCACCACGACAACUGGAUCCACGGCCCCGGCUCGUGCAAGCUCUUCGGCUUCGUCUUCUACACCAACAUCUACAUCAGCAUCGCCUUCCUGUGCUGCAUCUCGGUGGACCGCUACCUGGCCGUGGCCCACCCGCUGCGCUUCGCCCGCCUGCGCCGCGUCAAGACGGCCGUGGCCGUGAGCUCGGUGGUCUGGGCCACGGAGCUGGGCGCCAACUCGGCGCCCCUGUUCCAUGACGAGCUCUUCCGCGACCGCUACAACCACACCUUCUGCUUCGAGAAGUUCCCCAUGGAGGGCUGGGUGGCCUGGAUGAACCUCUACCGCGUCUUCGUGGGCUUCCUGUUCCCCUGGGCCCUCAUGCUGCUGUCCUACCGCGGCAUCCUGCGCGCCGUGCGGGGCAGCGUGUCCACCGAGCGCCAGGAGAAGACCAAGAUCAAGCGGCUGGCGCUCAGCCUCAUCGCCAUCGUGCUGGUCUGCUUCGCGCCCUACCACGUGCUCCUGCUGUCCCGCAGCGCCGUGCACCUGGGCCGGCCCUGGGACUGCGGCUUUGAGGAGCGCGUGUUCCCCGCCUACCACAGCUCGCUGGCCUUCACCAGCCUCAACUGCGUGGCCGACCCCAUCCUCUACUGCCUGGUCAACGAGGGCACCCGCAGCGACGUGGCCAAGGCCCUGCACGACCUGCUGCGCUUCCUGGCCAGCGACAAGCCCCAGGAGAUGGCCAACGCCUCCCUCACCCUGGAGACCCCGCUCACUUCCAAGAGGAGCACCGUGGCCAGGGUCACGGCCGCCGGCUGGGUGGCAGCUCCGAUCUCCCAGGAGGACCAGGUGCAGCUGAAGAUGCUGCCACCGGUGGCGCAAUGAACCUCAGGUCGCUCAGAGACGCACCCCCUGCCCCGCCCCUAAAUUCAUCCCACACCCUGGCCCCUCUUGCUCUGGUGCAUGCCGAUUGUAUGUAAAUAAGGCCAUGUGACUAAUCGUGUGAAUAUAAGAAAAGAGGAA